CAGACCUCUAGCCUGCACAAUUAAUACUCAAUUCAGAGAAAAAGCCAUAGCAAUUAGAAAGGGUAAAUCACCACACAGCAGAAAACUGCCACUUUCACCAAGCAGGAUGAACCAGACUGGAUAACAUUUGUAAAGGUUAAAGCUAAGUACAGCCCCCUGCUCCAGGAUAUUACCUCUUACCCUAGGGACAGAAUGCUGGCAAAGCAUUUUUUACCCCAUGGAAAGCACUUUUAAGACUGUCAAUCUUGGAAACCUUAUUCAUUGCAGCAACCUGGAUGUAAUUCAUAACUUCACUCUUUUAUCAGUCUACACUGGUUUAACGUAUGCAUAAGAACUUCUGGUUUUAGCACAGCCACAGAAGAGCCUGGACCCUGCUAAAACGUCACAAAGAAAGUAUUCUCCACAGUCAACACACGAGCAGACCUCCAUCAGCUCAGUGCAAGCCAAGGACAUUGCUCUGUGAGAAAAUGAAGACUUUGCAGGCUACUUUUUUCCUGGUUGCGUUUGUACCUUUGGUGAAGCCAGCACCUCCUAUACAGCAAGAUUCACCCACGUUUUAUGAGUACGAUACAGAUAUUGUCACGGGAAGCCUGAUCCAGCAGGAUUAUGAAAUGCUGCCCAAGGAUGCAAUAAAGGAUGGAACAAAUGAUUCUCUUGACACUGGCCUGAGACUGCAAGCAGAUGACAGCGAGCUGAGUGCCAGACCCACAAAGGAUACAAAUUUGCCUACUUGUCUGCUCUGCGUGUGUUUAAGCGGAUCAGUGUACUGUGAGGAAAUAGAUAUUGAAGCUGUACCCCCACUGCCAAAGGAAACAGCAUAUCUUUAUGCACGGUUUAAUAAAAUCAAGAGGAUAGCUGUCUCAGAUUUUGCUGACAUUACUACUUUGAGAAGAAUCGACUUUAGUGGGAAUAUGAUAGAAGAAAUAGAAGAUGGAGCCUUUUCAAAGCUUUUGUUAUUGGAAGAACUUUCUCUUGCUGAAAACCGACUUGUGAAACUGCCAGUUCUACCUCCCAAACUAACAACAUUUAACGCGAACCAAAACAGAAUCAAGAGCAGGGGAAUCAAAAACAAUGCUUUCAAGAAACUGACAAAUUUGGCCUACCUCUACUUAGGACAUAACGCACUGGAAUCUGUUCCCCUUAACCUACCAGAAAGUCUGCGCAUUCUGCACCUUCAGCACAACAAUAUUACUACAAUCACCGAUGACACUUUCUGCAAGUCCAAUAACACACGGUACAUCCGCACGCGUAUGGAUGAGAUAAGGAUGGAAGGAAAUCCAAUCCUCCUGGCAAAGCACGUCAAUGCUUUCUCCUGCUUGAGAACACUGCCUGUAGGAACAUACUACUAGCUACUACUUACAUAAUUACAUGUGUCAAAACUCAAGCAUGGUAACAAAAGAUCAUUCUUAUUACUGUUUACAUGUUUAUAUCUUCUCCCCACUACAGCAAUUUUCCCUGUGUACCCAGAACCUUUACUACGUUGAAAUGGGAUUCUCCUCUGAAAUAAUUAUUUCACAGCAGCCAUCCUAUUUAGGAGUUACAAUGCCACCCAAACUUUCAGAAUCUUUUAUUAUUCAAGAUAUAAAAUGUACACAUUCAUAUACUACCAACUUUGAAUUCAACAAUUACUCAUUACAAAAUCCUGUAAAACCCUCCAACUGUUACUUCACACACUUUACCAGUUUCCAGAAUAAUCAAUGUAUUUAACUGUGAUAAACCAAAACAUUCCUUGAGUAAGCUAAGUUUUUACUUCAGUCAAAAUGGUUUUUGGCCUUAAAUGGAAUUUUUUCAGUAAAAAUGUGAAGAAUUUUUAUCAAGCUUAGCAUACCAAGCAACAAAGUGAAUGGAACAUUUCAAGUAUGUAUCAAAUCAUCUUUUUACAUUUUUCUUUCAAAAUAAUCUAAAUGCCAUUAUAUAUUAAAAUUGAAUGUAUGCAUAUAAACACAUUCAACUGUAUAUGUUACAUAACUAUUUUUACACUUUAUAUUUUUAAUUCAAAUAUAUAAUAUAUAUAGACAUUUUGUUCAGCUGUGCUCAUAGGAGUCAUUCUUGCCACUUCCAUUUUAAUACAACAGUCAGUAUGCAGUAGGGUAUGACUCAAGCACUCAUUUUUCUUUAUUAUGACAUGACAGACUGAGCCUUUUUCCACUGCUUUCUCUUGACAGGAAACACAACAAUAAAGUUAACAACAGAUUCAGUUAAUGCUCUUACCUGUAAAUGAAUAGAUGUUCAACUAGAAGUCAGAUCGAAGAAACAAAUACCUCUGUACCCAAUACUUACACAAUAUACAGAAACAUAACAUAUCUUUAAAAUUAGAAUUCUAACUUAAUACUAUUCUGUUAACCUCAAACAAGUUAAACAAGAAUUAUUUCACUCAACUCCUUUAAACCAGAUGUUGAAAAGAGAAAGUGUGUGCAGACCUCAAAGCACAUUCAUAAUUUAUUACAGAAGACAGUAUUUCCAUUUACUUCACUACACACUUCUCCUGCCUUGUCAGCUUAUCUCCUCAAAUACCAACCACAAGCUUAAACUCUUCUAACAGACAAAUGCCCAAAAAUUGCUAAUUACCGUGACUAAGAACAUCAUACUAACCUUGUAGCUAGUGUAGAUUUCUGAUUUGUAGAAAUAGUUAAGCACAAAUACAUGUAUCACUGCCAUCAAAAAGAAUACUGAUAAGAUAUUUUGUAUUAUGUCUAUCUUAUUUAGCUACACCCCCAUUUGUUAGUGCUUGUGCUCUAGAGAAUUAUUACUACGUUUAACAUACUGAUGCUCUGCCACUAUAAGUGCUGAUAUCUAGGUGACUUUGUCAAGCACCAACUAAGUGUUUGUCUUUCUUGAUAGAGGAUGCAAUUAUGAAAUUCAAAACAAAAUAUUUUCACCCUGAACCUGUUAGUCAAGAAAUAGCAUAGCAGUCCCUAUCUUUUCCAUUUAAAUGCUU